AACAUCAAAGGGAGGACAGAGGAGAGACGGACACAGCGCGCGCUCCAGUGCAUAUGUUUAUACUGCAUACCGGGAUGCGGCUCCGGGACCGAGACCAGCAAGCGCACAUCUGAACAGCGUCUAAUACGGUUUUGGAUUGCAGGAGCGUUUGGUCUGAUCUGAUCUGUGCUGAGUAGGGUGGAUGAUCAUGGCCUCCUCGAGCAGCACCUCACCGGAGGGAGGAUCCCCGCCGCAGCACGGCCGCGUGCGCCAGUCGGAUAGUAACACCAGCUUCCUGAGAGCAGCAAGAGCUGGAAACAUUGAUAAAGUUCUGGAGCUGCUGAAAGGAGGACAAGACAUCUCUACCUGUAACCAGAAUGGACUAAAUGCUCUCCAUCUUGCUGCCAAAGAAGGUCAUGUGGAGAUGGUGGAGGAGCUGCUGGAGAGAGGAGCAGCAGUCAACUCUUCUACAAAGAAAGGAAACACGGCUCUUCACAUUGCCUCAUUGGCUGGCCAGAAGGAAGUGGCAAAGUUGCUGGUGAAAAGAGGAGCAGACGUCAAUGCCCAAUCACAAAAUGGCUUUUCUCCACUUUACAUGGCUGCUCAAGAGAAUCACCUGGAUGUAGUACAUUACCUGCUGGAGAACGGAGGAAACCAGAGCACCGCCACUGAGGACGGUUUCACACCGUUGGCGAUUGCCCUGCAGCAGGGUCACAAUCAGGUGGUUUCUCUGUUACUGGAGAAUGACACAAAAGGGAAGGUGCGUCUCCCAGCGCUACACAUUGCUGCCCGCAAAGAUGAUACAAAAUCUGCAGCAUUGUUGCUUCAGAACGACCACAACGCUGAUGUCCAAUCCAAGAUGAUGGUCAACAGGACAACAGAGAGUGGAUUUACUCCUCUCCACAUCGCUGCUCAUUACGGAAACGUUAACGUUUCUACGCUGCUGCUGAACCGCGGUGCUGCCGUCGACUUCACCGCCAGGAACGGUAUCACCCCUCUGCAUGUGGCCUCUAAAAGGGGCAAUACCAAAAUGGUGGAGCUGCUGCUGGAUAGAGGGGCGCUGAUCGACGCUAAAACCAGGGAUGGACUGACUCCACUACACUGUGCAGCUAGAAGUGGACAUGAUGCAGCUGUGGAACUGCUGUUAGAGAAGGGAGCUCCUAUACUGGCUCGAACCAAGAACGGACUGUCUCCAGUGCACAUGUCGGCGCAGGGUGAUCACGUCGACUGUGUGAAGCACCUUCUGCAGUACAAGGCACCGGUCGAUGAUGUCACUCUUGAUUACCUGACCGCUCUGCAUGUCUCCGCCCACUGUGGCCACUACAGAGUCACUAAACUGCUGCUGGAUAAGAGAGCCAAUCCCAAUGCUCGAGCACUGAAUGGAUUCACUCCACUGCACAUCGCCUGUAAGAAGAACAGAGUGAAAGUAAUGGAGCUGCUGGUGAAAUAUGGAGCCUCCAUCCAGGCCAUCACAGAGUCGGGUCUUACACCCAUCCAUGUGGCAGCGUUUAUGGGACACCUGAACAUUGUUCUCCUGCUGCUGCAGAACGGAGCCUCACCAGACAUCUGCAACAUCCGAGGAGAAACAGCCCUGCACAUGUCGGCGAGGGCGGGGCAGAUGGAGGUGGUGCGCUGUCUGCUAAGGAAUGGAGCUCGCGUGGAUGCUACAGCAAGAGAGGAUCAGACACCACUUCAUAUCGCCGCCCGCUUGGGUCACGCUGAUAUCGUUCAGCUGUUGCUGCAGCACAUGGCCGAUCCUGAUGCUUCCACCACCAACGGAUACACACCGAUGCACAUCGCCGCCAGAGAGGGACACACCCACAUCGUCUCAGUGCUGCUGGAGGCUGGAGCCACCCACUCACUGAUGACCAAGAAAGGGUUUACUCCGCUACAUGUAACUGCAAAGUAUGGAAGUCUGGAGGUGGCCAAACUGCUGCUACAACGCAGAGCUCUGCCUGAUGAACAAGCCAAGGAUGGUUUGACUCCUCUUCAUAUUGCAGUUCAUUAUGACAACCAGCAGGUGGCGUUACUGCUACUGGAGAAAGGCGCAUCACCUCACAGCACAGCCAAGAAUGGAUACACCCCUCUCCACAUUGCAGCUAGGAAGAACGAGCUACAGGUAGCGCGUGUGUUGCUGCAGAAAGGGGCAGACGCCGGAGCAGUGACACGACAGGUUAUGACCCCGUUACAUCUUGCCGCACAGGAAGGACACGACAACAUGGCCGCCCUGUUGCUGGAGCAUGGUGCUAAUUCUAAUGCAAAUGCUAAAAGCGGACUCUGUCCACUUCACCUCGCUGCUCAGGAGGACAGAGUCAGUGUUGCUGAAAUCCUCAAUAAAUACGGAGCCAAUUUGGAUCACCAGACCAAGCUGGGUUACACCCCUUUGAUUGUAGCCUGCCACUACGGCAAUGUGAAGAUGGUGAACUUCCUGUUGCAACACGGUGCAGGUGUCAAUUCCAAAACCAAAAAUGGCUACACACCACUUCACCAAGCAGCUCAGCAGGGAAACACACACAUCAUCAACGUCCUGCUCCAACACGGGGCCAAACCCAACACUGUUACCAUGAACGGGAACACGGCUCUCUCCAUCGCCAAGCGCCUGGGCUACAUCUCUGUCGUGGAUACACUGAAGGUCGUUACUGAGGAGGUCAUCACCAUGACAACGACGGUGACAGAGAAGCACAAGCUGAACGUUCCUGAGACCAUGACUGAGGUUCUGGAUGUUUCCGAUGAGGAGGGUGAGGACACGAUGACUGGUGAUGGAGGGGAGUACCUGAGAGCCGAGGAUCUAAGAGAACUGGGGGAUGAUUCUCUAACGGGACAGUACCUAGAUGGCAUGAGCUAUUUUAGCCACAACCUGGACAGGGCUCCACCUCAUUAUCAAAGAGAGGGAGUUCUGAUAGAAGAUAUCAUCUCCAGUCAUCAGGUGUCCAGUCUUUCCAGAGUGUGUGAGAAGGACUCGUACCGGCUCAGCUGGGGCGCAGAACAUCUGGAUAACGUUGUGCUGACUAACACACUUCUGCAGUCUGGGUACACACACACACAUACACAUAAAGCAUACAAUAAUUCAUUAAACCCUUAUGAAUAUGUAUAUGUUAAUCAGCUCUCUCCCUCUCAACCAAUCAGAUUCCUGGUCAGUUUUAUGGUGGAUGCAAGGGGCGGGGCAAUGCGCGGCUGCCGUCACAACGGCCUGCGCAUCAUCGUUCCCCCAAGGAAGUGCUCAGCUCCGACCCGUGUGACCUGCAGACUGGUAAAGAGACACCGAGUGGCCACCAUGCCCCUAGUAGAGGGAGACGCGAUCACAGGGCGCAUUAUAGAGCUCGGACCAACUGGGUCGCCGUUCCUCGGGAAGUUGCACCUGCCCACAGCUCCGCCCCCUCUUAACGAGGGAGAGAGUCUGGUGAGCAGAAUCCUGCAGCUCGGCCCACCUGGAACCAAAUUCCUUGGGCCAGUGAUAGUGGAGAUUCCUCACUUUGCUGCGUUGCGUGGUUCGGAGAGAGAGCUGGUCAUACUGCGCAGUGAGACUGGAGAGAGCUGGAGAGAACAUCACUGUGAGCACACUGAAGAGGAACUCAACCAGAUCCUCAAUGGCAUGGACGAGGAGCUGGACUCACCUGAGGAGUUAAAGAAGAAGCGAAUUUGCCGCAUUAUCACACGGGAUUUCCCACAGUUCUUUGCGGUGGUGUCUCGGGUUCGGCAGGACAGUCACCUGAUCGGUCCGGAGGGAGGCGUGCUUAGCAGCUCGUUGGUUCCUCAGGUGCAGGCCGUGUUUCCUGAAGGAGCUCUGACCAAGAGGAUCCGCGUCGGACUUCAGGCUCAGCCAGUAGAAGACGAUGUCAUGAAGAGGGUUCUCGGAAACAAAGCUACGUUAAGCCCCAUCGUUACCCUGGAACCUAGGAGACGCAAAUUCCACAAACCCAUCACCAUGACCAUCCCCAUUCCAAAAAGCUCCACCAACCAGGUGAACAGCGGCACGUUUGGAGAUACCCCAACUCUGCGGCUACUAUGCAGCAUCACAGGUGGGACCACCCCAGCGCAGUGGGAGGAUAUUACAGGUUCCACUCCUCUCACCUUCAUUAAUCAGUGUGUCUCCUUUACGACCAACGUCUCCGCAAGGUUUUGGUUGAUAGACUGCAGACAGGCUCAGGAGUCAGUGGGGUUCUGCACUCAGCUCUACAGAGAGAUCAUAUGUGUUCCAUACAUGGCGAAAUUUGUGAUCUUUGCGAAGACGCUAGAUCCUAUUGAGGCACGACUGCGCUGCUUCUGCAUGACUGACGACAAGAUGGAUAAGACGCUAGAACAGCAGGAGAACUUCACUGAGGUGGCGCGUAGCCGUGACGUCGAGGUUCUGGAAGGAAAGCCCAUAUAUGCAGAUUGUUUUGGAAACCUGGUUCCUCUGACUAAAAGUGGGCAGCACCACGUGUUCAGCUUCUAUGCUUUCAAAGAGAAUCGACUGGCUCUCUUUAUUAAGAUCCGUGACAGCGCCCAGGAGCCUUGUGGUCGACUGUCAUUUACUAAAGAACCGAGGACCUACCGCAGCCUGAACCACAAAGCCAUCUGUAACCUUAACAUCCUACUUCCGGUAUAUUCUAAGGAAUCUGAUUCAGAUCAAGAUCCUGAUGAGGAGAGUGAAAAGACACACGACAAAUUGGACUGGAAUGAUGAUGCUGAUCGUAAAGAAGAGAUUUUAUCCAUUAUUGCUGAUCUUCUUGGUUUCAGCUGGGCAGAGUUAGCUAAGGAGCUGGAGUUCAGUGAGGCUGAGGUGCAGCAGGUCCGAUCUGAGAACCCAAAUUCACUGCAGGAACAGAGUAACGCUCUCUUACAGCGCUGGGUAGAACGGGAAGGCAAGCAUGGCACAGAGGACUCUUUAAUAAAGAAGCUGACGAAGAUAAACCGUAUGGACAUCGUUCACCUGAUCAACACUCAGCUUAACAAUUCAGUGCAGGAACAAACAUCUAGAACGUAUGCUGAGAUCGAGAAAACACUUGACCACAGUGAAGCUCUGUCCUCGGUACAAGAGGAUGCCGCCAGUCCAAGAAUGGUGAGGAGGACGGAGACAUCUCAAAGACACCCGCCCGCCGUAUCAGAGGAGGAUCUCUCGGUGGCCUCGCUGCUCGACGUUCCAUCCUGGUCUGAGCCUGGAGGCCAUGCCCACUCUGAGAGUUACCAUGGAGACAUGCUGGAGGAACUGGAGAUCACAAGAGAUGUGUGUGUAAUUCAGGAAGUUCAAACUGAAUCUACUGAGCUUUUAGAGGAAAAAGCUGAUGGAGGUAAUGAUGCAGCUACAGAAUUUAAGAGGGAGCAGUACACGGAUGAACAGGGAAAUAUGGUCAUCACUAAGGUAAUGAGAAGGUGCCUGUCAGCUGAUGGUGCCACAGAUGGACACGCCCACAUUACAACAGUGAAGAGAACAGUGGUGAAGAGUGAAGGAGACGAGACCGAAGUGACGUUCUCUGAGCAUCAUGAGAUUCGAGAGGUCAGUGAGACUGUAGUGAUGUCAGAAAGAGUAGAGGAACAGCAUGAAGAAACUCACCUGGACUUUGCUCACCAUGCCAUCACAGAGGUUGAGGAAGAGGAACACUAAAUCUAUAGUGCACAUUCCCAUGUGGACGUAGCAAAUGCUGCUGUGACGAUGACCAGUGGAAUCACCAUAACGAUGACCUACCGCAUCAUGUCUGCUGCUUGAUUCAGAUGCAUUUACCAGAAUGCUUAAGCAAUCCUAAAAUCCACCUCUUUCUCCUUUAUUACUUCCUGUCACAUGUCUUCCUGUUUAUCGUUUGGUCGUGCUUCUUGUUGUGACCAAAGAGACUCACUGUGUUUAUAUUAUUUAUCUAAAAAAAAAAAGGAAGAUAAUACGAGAGCACUAAAAUGAUUAUCUUAACUACGCUAAGCUAAGCUACUGCAGUGCUAGUCUUCUAGUGUAAUGUCAACCAACUAACCACAAUCAGUACUACAUUUUAUGGCACUAUUUGCUAGCUAGUUAUAUUCAG